UCCGCCCCAGCUUUAAAGUUUUCUUCUUUUCUGUUUACUGCCUCGGCCCUCGACCACAUUCUCUCUCAAAAGUAAGACCCGCAGUAGCAGAGGAACUCAUCUCCUCCCAUAAGGGGCAAAAUCAAUCAAUGGCGAUGGCUUUUCUAAAGAAAACUAGUAAUCUUCUUCUUCAUCAUCACCCAAUUGGUUCACUUGUUGCUGCUGGGAAGAUUGAAAUUCCAUCUUCAAUCCGUUUCCUCAAUGAUCGCAGCAACACUCGAUUGCCUAAUUUCGUUGAAGAAAAUGAUGUUACUAAUAGAACGUCAUCUUCUCUUUCUGAAUCAUUCUCUCGUCUCCGUCGUGAUUCCUCUCCUAAUUCAGGUUUAUCAGAUGUUUUCGGUCAAUCUUCUUCGCCAUCUAGAGGUCCUAGGAUGGAUAAUAAUUUUCAAUUUACAAACCCACCUAGAGGACGAACUGGAUUCACUGGAUUAAAAAGAGUUGAUGCAACAGAAGAUGACGAUGGUAGAAAUGUCAAGGCGAAUACAGUUGUAGUAAGAGUCAAAGGGUUUACUAAUUUCAGGAAAAAGAAAGAAGCUGUCUUGCGAUUGAGAGAAGCAUUAGGACCCAAAUAUCAAAUUAUAAACGUACAGGAUGUCACCAACCUUCCACAUAAUGGAUGCCGACUCCCCAAGAAACGUCGAAAGUAGAUCAAGAGAAUGAUGUUCAGGUUAAUGUAGAGUGGCUCAUCUCUCGACAAGCCGCCAAUUCACUUCUUUCAAAAACGGGGAAAAAAAUGCUGACGAGAUGGUGGUUGCUGAUGCUACAAGCUUUACAUCACCAAUAACUAAUCAGUCUUACCUCUUCAGUUUAAAAUACUAAUCGAUGACAUUGAUGAAGUGCAGCCAUUACAUUGUGUGUUUCGUUUUUAAGCUGUGUUUUAGAAAGCUGAUAGUUGUUAAUUCACCAGAAAUGCUUUAUAAAAUAGAUGGUUAUACUUUUGGAAGACAAUAAACAUGAUCUCGUAAUGUUCGAUGAAUGGUAUUUUCGCACCAUUUUAAAUUUUCCCUAGAAUUUGUGGAUGACCUGUAUUUGGUUCAGCAAUUCCAUGUAAAGAACCUUCUGAUCUUGU